GGUGUGCCUGGUGCUGAAUAUCUGUACUCAUCACUCGCUGGAUUUGAUUCCAAGACGGCAGCCGUUUGAGCUGGUGACGGUGCAACCAAGUGUGGAACUGGGAGAAGCUAAUAAUGGAACGAUAUUUAUGCUUGCUUCAUUUAGAAUUUGAACAAACUUUUGCUCAUAUUGUGGCGCUCCUGGUGGACGGAUUUGGAAGUUCUUGGCGCCCACGUGUCGGGAAUUUUGUCAGCUUCACGUAUGAUUUUUGACAUUCCGCAAAUCGACUGUACUUUGUAAACAAUCAACAUGGAAGCCGAAAGAAGGGAAAAAAUUGUGCACAGUUUUUUGGAAAAUCCAUUGUGGUCUGCAUCUAACCUAGCUAAAUAGCUGAGAUUGCCCAGAAAUACCGUAUGGCGCGUUAUCAAACGGUAUAAGGAAACAUUGACGACGAUUCGGAAGCCUCAAGCCAAUCGUCGGAGUGGAACUGUCGACCGGAAACUGCGUGGUAAAAUUUUGAAGACCAUUAGGAGAAAUCCUAAUCUUUAGGACCGUGAUUUGGCCAGAAAAAUCGGUGCUGCCCAUAGUACCGUGAGGAGAACUCGACUCCGGGACGGAAUCAAGUCGUAUCGAGCUAGCAAACAGCCAAAUCGGACCAUAAAACAGAAUGGUGUGGUCAAAAUUCGUGCUAGGAAACUAUAUGACCAAGUUCGACGGGUGUCUUCCGAUGGACGAUGAAACCUAUGUCAAGGCAGACUUCGGGCUAAUCCCGGCAACGGCUCGGAGGAAUGUUCCAGAAAAAUUGAAGAAAAGUAAGAACCGGUCCUGCAGUCAAACGGAGUGCCCCACUAUGGCGGCACUACAACAAAAGCUUCACCGUCGGUGCUUCCCAGGAAUGAAUAAUUUUAGCAGAGUUGAAGUAAUUGUCACACAGGUUGACAAAUCCAACAGAUCUUGCGGUAUCGUCGACCUGGAACCGUGUUCCGUAGAAGCAUCGAGCAACGAUUCGAAUCCCUCGAUAAACAUGCAAUGUGCGUUGUCCAACGAGUAUGAUCGAACCUUCUGGUUUUAUUUGCUGAUUCGGUUUCUGUCCACCACUAUGCUAACUGCCACUCUAACCAUCACCGAUCCGAUGGCAUUGGCGAUGAUCGAACAGCAAGGCGGUGAUUUUGGUCGAGAAAAACUAUUUUCCAGUGUCGGAAUGGCCAUAUUUACUCCAUUGACUGGUCUGUUGAUCGAUUACUUCUCCGAAGGUGUUCACAGCACCAACUACAAUCCUGCGUUCUACACGUACGAUAUCUUACUGGGACUGUCCCUGAUCUCCGUGAUGUUCUUACCGAUUGGCAAAAAACUACCGUCAGAAAAUAUUAUGAAAAAUCUGUUUCAGAUCCUUCAGCACCCACAUGUGCUGGUGUUCAUAUUUUUCCUAUUCUUUCUCGGAAGCUUCUGGGGAUUUAUCGAGAGUUACUUGUUCGUGAUCAUGAAAGAGAUGGGCUCACCAAACUACCUGCUAGGAUUGACCUAUACUGUUGGAACCGUUGCUAGCAUACCGAUGAUGUACCUGACCGGACCGAUCACGAAAAAAGUAGGACAUGUAAACCUUCUGGUGGUGGCGUUCUUCGCGCACGCUCUCCGAAUUCUGGGAUAUUCCUUCAUCCACAACCCAUUCUGGUGCUUUCCGAUCGAGUUGAAUGAGGCCAUUUCCUGCUACUUCAUGUGGGUAGUGGCUACCACUUACUGUGCCGUAUUGGCUCCCAACAGCUUAGUAGCAACUCUGAUAGGCGUUUCGGGAAUGAUCCACUUUUGUUUAGGAAAAGGCAUUGGAUCGUUUGCUGGUGGGUUCCUGAUAGCGGGCUUCGGAACUAGGAUGGGAUUUCGGUACAUGGGAUAUAUUGCGUUGUCGGGCGGUGUCCUUUAUAAAUUUGUCCACGUGGUCUGGCUGAAGAAAUACGACAAACAUCAAACGGUGGAAACUGAAGACGAUGUGAUUAAUGCAUCGAAAAGGAAGCAGUCGAUUUCAAGCAAAAGUAACCAUUGUUGAAACUUAUCGACGAUCAGUAAAUUAUGACGCGUAAGUAAGUGAAAAACACCACAAAAAUUUAUAGUAUUAUAAUAUCUAUGUCAAUUAUGUUAUUACUAACAAUAAACUUCACA